CUCUCUCGCUCUCUCCACCUCUCUCUCGCUCGCUCGCGCUCUCUCGCUCUCUCUCUUUCAACACCGCAGAGGCUGACUGCAACGUCCAAAAAAAAAAAAAAAAAAAAAAAAACCCCACUAGCUGCCAUUUUACGCUGGGAUACCAUCUAAAUUCUCCUCAAGACUUAAAUAGCUGUUUUUUUGCUAUGGGUAUACGGUAUUAGUACUGCUGACUGUAUCUUCUCUCUGGCACAGGCCUGUUACCACCGCUACUACUCCUGCUGGGGACAGACUUAAAUGGUGAUCCAUUAGAGCCCCUUAUCUGUUGUCAUCCCACCAGUUCCUUAUUACUUCUGCCAUCGGCGAAGACAGAAUGGACGAUACGUACCGGGACAGGACAUCGUUAGUUAGGGGGGCGAAAGACAUCGCAAGGGAGGCCAAGCGGCAAGCUGUGAAGAAAGUGAACAAAGCCGUGGACCGGGCGCAGGACGAGUACACCCAUCGCUCCUACAGCCGCUUCCAGGACGAGGAGGAAGAGGAAGAGGACUGCAAUUACAAGCAGGGCGGCCAGUAUGGAGAGCCGGCCAACGAUGACGAGGGCUCCAGUGACGCCACGGAAGGCCACGAUGAAGAAGACGAGAUCUACGAGGGCGAGUACCAGGGCAUCCCCAACACGGGCCAGGCCAAGGACAACCAGGUGAACCUGGGGCAGGCCGCGACGGGAAAGGACCGGCAGGAGCUGGAGUCGGAGCGCCAGGCUGACGAGGAGGAGUUGGCCCAGCAAUACGAGCUCAUCAUCCAGGAGUGUGGGCACGGCCGCUUCCAGUGGCAGCUCUUCUUCGUUCUGGGCAUGGCUCUCAUGGCAGACGGGGUGGAGGUCUUCGUAGUGGGGUUUGUGCUCCCCAGUGCGGAGACAGACAUGUGCGUCCCCAACUCCGGAGCGGGGUGGCUGGGCAGUGUUGUGUACUUGGGGAUGAUGGUGGGGGCGUUCUUCUGGGGCGGCCUGGCGGACAAGGUGGGCCGGAGGCAGACACUGCUGAUCUGCAUGUCUGUCAAUGGAUUCUUCGCUUUCCUCUCCUCCUUUGUUCAAGGCUAUGGGUUGUUCCUGCUCUGUCGCGUGUUCUCAGGGUUUGGAAUCGGAGGAGCCGUUCCAGUCGUGUUCUCCUACUUCGCUGAGGUGCUGGCGAGGGGGAAGAGAGGAGAGCACCUGAGCUGGCUGUGCAUGUUCUGGAUGAUAGGAGGAAUCUAUGCUUCAGCCAUGGCUUGGGCCAUCAUACCACAUUAUGGCUGGAGUUUCAGCAUGGGCUCAGCCUACCAGUUUCACAGCUGGCGAGUGUUUGUGGUUGUAUGUGCCUUUCCCUGCGUCUGCUCUGUCGUGUCUCUCACCUUCAUGCCAGAAAGCCCACGAUACUUUUUGGAGGUUGGAAAGCAUGAUGAAGCCUGGAUGAUUCUUAAACAGAUCCACGAUACCAACAUGAGAGCUCGUGGGCAGCCGGAGAAGGUCUUUACUGUUAACAGAAUCAAGACUCCAAAGCAGAUUAAUGAGCUGAUUGAAAUGCAGACUGAGACUGGAAACUGGUUUUCAAGGGGCUUUGUACAAAUCCGCUCAGAGCUCUAUGGGAUUUGGUUGACGUUUAUGAGAUGCUUCCACUACCCUGUGAAAGAUAAUACCAUUAAGCUUGCGAUCGUCUGGUUUACACUGUCUUUUGGUUACUAUGGCCUGUCCGUCUGGUUUCCUGAUGUCAUCAAUCACCUGCAGUCUGAUGAGUACGCAUCAAGGGUCAAAACCUUCAGCAAGGAGAGACUCGCCAAUUUCACUUUCAACUUUACUUUGGAGAACCAGAUCCACAGUGACGGAGAAUACAUCAACAACAGGUUCAUCGGCAUGAAAUUCAAAUCAGUAACCUAUAUAGACUUCACCUUCAAGAACUGUUACUUUGACGAUGUUACUUCACUGGGCACGUACUUCAGGAACUGUACCUUUUUAGAAGCCACCUUCUAUAACACAGAUAUCGAUGACUCCAAGUUCAUCAACACAGAGGUGAUAAACAGCACGUUUCAUCACAACAAGACCGGCUGUCAGAUGACCUUUGACGAUGACUAUAGUGCCUACUGGGUCUACUUUGUCAACUUCCUGGGCACGCUAGCAGUGCUGCCUGGCAACAUUGUGUCAGCGCUUCUCAUGGACAAGAUUGGACGCUUGACAAUGUUAGGUGGCUCUAUGGUCCUUUCUGGAAUCAGCUGCUUCUUUCUGUGGUUUGGAACCAGUGAGUCAAUGAUGAUAGGAAUGCUGUGCCUUUACAAUGGCCUUACUAUAUCAGCCUGGAACUCCCUGGAUGUGAUCACUGUGGAACUCUAUCCAACAGACAGGAGGGCGACUGGGUUUGGAUUCUGCAAUGCACUCUGUAAAUUGGCAGCAGUGCUUGGAAACCUGAUAUUCGGCUCGCUGGUUGGCAUCACCAAGGCCAUCCCCAUUCUACUAGCAUCCACUGUCCUGGUCUUGGGCGGCCUUGUGGGACUCCGGCUUCCGGACACGAGAGCCAACGUGCUCAUGUAACCAGCCGAGCUCUGAGGACCUGCUUCCGGCUGUCUCGCUCGCGGGCUGUAGAGGUUCAAAAGGGUUAGAUACUCAGCAGCUAAAAGAAACUACUCACAUCUCUUAAUGUUUUAAAUACCGUCCCAGCAUAUCCGCUUUGGGAUUGAAGAUAACAAGAAUUAAACAGUCACUAAUAUUACCCAUUCUUAGUCAGCCUAUUCUCCAUGUACACUUUGAUGCCACUACAUGUAUGUGGUUUAUUUACAUUCAUUAAUUGAGACACUGUAUUGUGUUAAGAAAGCACCCACAGCGACCCUCAAGCUUCUCAACCCACUCCUAUCACUGUAUUCUUAUUGUGUCUUGUGAUGUUUAAAAGUGGGUUAAAUACAUCACACAGGCUGGGGGAAAAACACCAGCAGGAUUAAUCAAGAGUUAAAAGGCAGCUGUAUUUAAAUCUGUAGCAGGUUACAGCAGAAACAUAGGACCCUGUGCAGAGUUUAGACUUUAUUACAGUACAUAGCAUUGCUUUCUCCUAUGCGGCACAUAUCCCUGCAAAGUGUUUUUCAACAUAUUCAUCACAUAUCCACAUGUUCUGCAUUAUAAACCAACCUUAAACACUCAAUAAUACACUCUUAGAUACAACGAGUUCAAGUUAAAACAGUAAGACAUGUAUCAAGUAUGCAAACAUCUUGGCUCAUGUCUCAGUGUGUCAUGCUCUGACAAUGAUCAAGACAUUAGCCAAAACUUUUGUCCAAACAUGCAGGUCACCUGUGUAUCCACGUGUGUGGGGCACUUCUGUUCCACUGAGCGUGCUCAUUCUAUACCAGCAUGCAUAUGUUAGAAGGCUCUCUGCAGCCUUUCAAAGGGGAACUUUGAACAAAUAACAAAAUGAAUUACAUUGUUUUAUUGAUUUUUUAAAAAAUAUAUAAUUUAUUCUAUCAACAUAUACAAUCUAUAUUUUCUACAUUUAUCCCUGAUUAUUACUUUUGCACAGAGAGUUACCAAGCCAUGUUGUUGCUGUUGAGUCAUUGGGAGCCUUUAAGUUUAGGGAUCAAUCAGUUACUAGGCACUGGUAGGAACGAGCUGGGAGCGAGUAGUAAAAUAAAGGAUACAUGUGUAUACCACCUGUUGUGUAUUAAACACAUUACAGCUCACUUGUGAAAUGCAGUCUGAUGCAAAUCUAGUAGAGGUGGAUGGUACAGUAUAUAGACAUAUAGCAAUGUAUCUAGGAAUAGGAUACCAGAUUACAUGCCACAAUCUGAAUACAGAUACACCCCCGGCUUUUUCAAAACCUUAAGUCUGAUAUCUUUGAGAAUCAAGCUGUGGAUAUCUGAACCUUUUGCACCAGAUUACAUUUUAAGAUGGAAAAGGCCAUAGUAAAUACAAAUACAAAUGCAGUUCCAUAUCGAUAUCUAAACUGUGUGCCAUUUUAAACAUAUGAUUGUGUUUCUGCUUUUUUUGUUGGUAUAAUGAAGUAACAAUAAUUCUAAACACCAAUGCAUUGGAGGGAACACACAUUAGACUUGUCUUCUGACACUUUCAUUGUUUCCCAGUUAAGCAAGCUUGUUAAGAGCUUCCUCUGUCAAUGAAUUCAUCUUUAUCUGGCAUUACUGUGUGUGCAUAUUCUGUACUGAAUGCCUCUAAAGUGGCAGUACCUGUUGUGUAAGCCUGAUCUUCGCAUCCUUUAAAACACUAAAUGGCCUUUUUAAUGCUGUGCCUCUGUUUCAUUUAGAAUCCUUUAAUAUCAAGGAAUAGCGUCCUUGUUUUUUUUUAGAUCUCUUAUGAUGAUUUUUGUUUUCAUGCAGUGCCAAAUCCAAGUUUAUUAACAAUUCACUUUCUACAUAUUUUCAUGUUUUAAAAAUGUAUGAAUUCCUCAUCAAUAUGAAUUACCAAUUACCAGUCUGCGCUCUCGCGACUGUGAUUCUCCUGUAGUACCCGUCACUUCUCUGUAACAUAUUAACCUCUCUGUACUAUACACCCAUUUUGUCUCCUCUGUGUCUGCCUGUUGUUUCUGUAUUUGUACUGUACCCGUACCGCAACUGUAACAAUUAUCUUUCUGAUGUGUCAACUCUGGUUUGCUUGCAAAGACCCAUUGCCAGGACUUUUUGGGGGAAAAAAAUAGCAUACCUGUUUUACAGAAACCUUUGAAUGAUGUCUGAAUUAAAUACUAUUAUAUAGACAUAGCAGCUCUGUAGUGCUACAAUGGCUAUAGCGGCGCUGUCAUUUUGAAUUCAUUUGAUUACAUUAGCAACUCCUUUCUGUUGCUUCCUCUUGUGACCGACAUUCAAUUGAAAAUGUGUUUACGCUUUGAUGACCUUGGUCAUUACUAUACUGAAGUCAUUUCACAACCUCCAAAGAACGUCUUCAUUCGGAACACUGAAAGUUGUUGCUUCCGUCGAAAUAAAAGUCUCUCAGAACCACUGCUGUUGUUGAAACAGAAAAACAGCAACACUCACACACACACACACACAGAUAUAGACACGCACACGCACACACACACACACACACACACAGAGAUAUAGACACGCACACGCGCGCGCACACGCACAGCCACACGCACGCACGCACACGCGCACACACACACACACACACACACAGAUAUAGACACGCACACGCACACGCGCGCGCGUUUUCUGUUGUGAAAUUACUUCAAGCUGAUUAAAGAUGACGUGGAUUAAAAAAACAAUCACAGUGGUGUUGAAAUUGACUUUUAUAAUGAUAUGUGUUACGUAUGCAGGAGGAGGCAACUGUUAGUAGUGAGGGUACUGAAAAAGUCCAGGGGUGUUCACUUACACCUAGGACUGUGAUUCACAUUGUCUUGUAAGAAUGUUUUAUUUUCUUAUUUUUUGUAAACAUUGUAUAUAUCGGUAGGCGUUGUCGUGAGGAUUAAUUUAUUCGCAGCUUUUAUUUAUUUACAUUUUUUUUGGUGACUUCCACAACUCUCUUGACCAGAUUUUGGCAAUGGUCCUUCUAUUCUCGACCAGCUCUGUGAUUGACAGUACAAACAAAGUCUGUCAUCUUUGUCCUCUCUGUGUGUGUGUGUGUGUGUGUUUGUCGAUUCAUUACAUUUUUAGGUUCUCUGGAGCGCCUGAAAAAAGGAUAAUUUAAUAAUUUAUUUUUAAAAAAACAAUGUGAAUGUACCGUGUCAUUCUGGUAAAGCUAUUCAGUGUCUGGUUUCCAGGUUGUAUGUUUUUUUAUUAUUUAUUUAUUUAUUUAUUUAUUUAUUUAUUUAUUGUUAAAUGUAUUUGUUUUUGAAAAUUUAAAAAGUGUGUACAUUCAUUGAAUCUCUGAAAAGUCGUGUCUAUAGUUGUGAAUGGGCAUGCCAUGUGUGGGAUGACUGUCUGUACAGUAUAGAUAUAUAAAAUAUGUGAAAGUGUGUAUAAAAUUAUUUGCCAAAAUUAUAAUUAAUGUAAUAAGGAAAAAAAAGAAAAAAAAAGGUGUAAUGUAAAUCCUAUAGAGGUGGUUGCAUUUUGUUGCUCCACGGGUAUUAAAAUAAAGAGUUAUGUUCUCUAUAAUAAUU